AGUUUUGAGUUAGACUUGUGGAUUGCUAUGUGAAUAGAGCCUAUUUAUAAGAUAUGUAGCAUCUCUCGUCUCUGACCAACGUAAAUCAAAAAGUACAUGUCGUUGUUCCGUUCCUUGCGAUCGACAGAGGGCGCGGACGCGAAAAGCUAGGAGUUGAGAGCCUCAAGCGCGGCUCGGGUCUCGAGGGAACGCAGAUCGCAUUGUUCGGACACAUUGAUCGUACGGAAUAGUGACCCGAGGCUGAUCAUCCCAGAACUUGCGUCUGUGGUUGGUCACCACCACAGCAGAAAUCCACUUUCCCCGUGUGUCGGGCACGCGCACAAACGUGUACCCACACCAAGAAGCAGAGGCCCUCAACUACCGUGCCCCUCACGCCACACAUCGAUUUUCCUUCUUGCGGUCAAGAAGUGGACAGUUCGGCGACCUCCACGCAGAGUUUCAUCAAACCCGGAGAACCAACAAGAUGAUAGCCGUAUCUAGACUAGCACGCGGCAUCAGAUCACCUUCAGGAGGAUUUCUGAACAUGGGAAGACUUAACUUUUCAUGGGACCGAUGUAAGCAAUCUUUCGAGGAGUUCAAGGAGAGGUGGUCGUGGUACCGGUUUUUCAUGGUCAGGUACUUCUACUUAUGAUAUCGUCGAAUCACUAGGGCUCCAAUUUUGCAACAAAUUGCUGGAAAGGAUGAUCAUGGUACGGUGUUUGGUAUAGAUUAAAGUGCUGAGAGUCAGAGUAGCACUACUUACAGUUGUCCAAUCGUUGCUGCUUGCAAGAACUAAUAUUCGCUUUCAGGAAAUAAAUCAUAAUCGUGUGGCUUCCUGAUGCAGUUACUUGGUUACACUUACGUUACUUUUCUUGUGUGUAAUCUUCUAUCUACAACUACAAAACACAACAGAGAAAAAAUCUACGACUACAUAAUGUAUGCUUUUGUUGGCUUUGCGAUCGGUGGAAGUGCGCUGUCAGCCUUCGAAAGGUAAUCCCGUUUUGUAUUUUUAUGGGCAGACAAGCUUCUUCUUGGUUUGCAUCUGCUAAUCGUUCUUGUUCUUGAAAUAGGCGGUAAGUAUGUGGUGCUGAAACGGCGGCUGAAGCAUUUGCAUACUCUCAUAUUGAAAAGAAAACUCUCGUCAAGGAGGAUCAUGGAUAUGGAAAUACUGAGUCACGAUAACACCAGCUUGCGAAUGCAGCGUAAUUCGAUUCAGAGAAUGUGGAACGGUUAUGUGAGGAAGGAACGGGAGAGGGCAGAGCUGAUGGAUAUCAUCAAGCAAGCGCGUGCAGCAGGCUUAAUCGAACAAACUGACAAUCAAAUGCAUUGAAGGAUGAAGAACGAGUGACUUCUAGUUUGUUUCUCAAGAAGGAGGAAAUAUUGAAAUUCUGGUUCGUUUGACUGUUGACGAAAUCCGUCUAGAUAACGAGCAGGAGCCGCUCCGACCACCUCCAGUAUCGACGCGGCUACGGACAGUGUGUGAUUGCUCAUUCUUGCGCGGGCCGAAGUUCUCGGGGCGACAGGCAGAUUUACUGUGGGUUUGUGACCUGGUAUUCGUGAGCGCAUGACAAACGGCGUCGAAGUAGCUAGUACGCCUCGCAACGCUUCCGCCACUUGCCCUUCUUCGGAAGCAACAUUAGAUUACCCGAAAAUGGUGGCGACGCGGACGACUCAGGGGCAUGGUUUUGGAACCUUUUAUGCUCGAAGAUGAUGAGCCAAUUCACCGCUGUGGUGGGGAAAAAGACUCUCAUGGUGCGAGAAGGAGAAUGUGAAUAAUUCAGACCAAUGACCUUAUUUGUGAACAGUUUAAGAAGCCGUUACGCCAUGAAGAACACUCUACAAUCGAAGGCGCGACGAGGACGGGCGCG